AUGACGCUGAAUCCUACCAAGUGUGCAUUUGGAAUCACCUCGGUAAAACUUUUAGGGUAUGUCAUUAGCUCUAGAGGAAUAGACAUAGAUCCUACUAAAAUCAAGGCAAUCAUGUCAAUGCCACUGCCCAAGACCGAGAAGCAAAUUCAUAGAUUUAUUGGCCAGUUGCAGUAUAUUAGCAGGUUCAUAUCUAAGCUCACCACGAUAUGCGAACCAAUUUUCACGAAACUCAAGAAAAAUGUACCAAUAAUAUGGGACGAUGAAUGCCAAGAAGCCUUUGAUAAGAUCAAAGCCUACCUUGGAAAUCCUCCUGUAUUAGCACCAGCGUUGGUAGGCAUUCCUCUUCGCCUUUACUUAAUAGUCUCCAAGGGAACAAUGGGAGCUAUGCUUGCACAAGAAGUAGAGGGAAAGGAAAACUCCAUCUACUACCUAAGUAAAAAGAUCAAUAGGCGAAAAAUGGAGGAGUUACGUGAUGUACGUACUCAAAUGAGCAUGAUAGGUGACACCACCAAUCAACUCAGUUGUAAAGUGUCCGAGUUUGACCCUGAAGUUUUCAAUGAUAGGGUUCGAAGGAUUGAGUCAAUCUUAGAAUACAAAGAAUAUGAUGAUGAGAAGUGUUGUAAAUUGGCAACACUCAAGCUCACCAAGUUAGCUGGAUUGUGGUAUGAAAACCUCAAAUCCACGAGGAGACAUGUUGGAAAGGAGAAAAUUAGUUCUUGGGCAACCUUGAAAAGAAAAAUGGUGCAACGUUGGAUUCCUCGGGAAUACGUGCAAGAUCAAUAUGUCAAACUCACUCGCCUUAACCAAGGUGAUUUGACCGUAGAUGAAUACGUGAAGGUGUUUGAAAGACUGAGUCUUUUGUGUGACUUAGAAGAACAAAAACCAUUGAAAAUUGCUCGUUUCACAAGGGGCCUUGCCAAGAACAUAGCCAACAAGGUGGACCUCUUGCCAUAUACCACCUAUGAUGAUGUAGUGAAGGCAACACGCAAGGUAGAGGCGCAACACAAGGAACACAGUGUUAAGGGUACACCCCGUACUCCUUACAAGUCCUAUACCUCUACAAACAAGUUUGAUAAAGGGAAAACUUUUGUGUUCCCUAAGAAACCCGAGAACAAGGUAGAUGAGAAGGGUGAACUUGUAGGACACACUUGUUUCAAGUGUGGGAAAAAGGGGCAUAUUGCUACUCAUUGUCCUAAACGCAACACCUUGACCAUUCAUGAAGGUGGUUAUGUGACGGAAGAAGAAGAGGAAAAAGAUAGUGAGUGUGAAGAGUAUGCUGCUGAAGAAGGUGAAAAUUCCUUUUGUGUUGUAGUAAGAAGGAUCUUGUACACUAAACCAGUACAAGAUAUGCGACAACGGGAAACUCUGUUUAACACCCGUUGUAAGGUGAAAGAUCGCAUUUGUAGCAUGAUCAUUGAUGGUGGGUCAUGUACGGAUGUGGUUGCUUCGGAGUUAGUAAACAAACUCAAGCUUCCUACUAGAGAUCAUGUCAAGCCAUACAAACUCAAUUGGCUUGACAAUGAUUCUGGUGUGCGUGUGAGAAAGCAAGCUUUAGUAGCUUUUUCCGUGGGAAAUUUUUGUGAUGAACGUUGGUGUGAUGUGUUACCUAUGACGGCAUGCCAAAUACUUUUUGGCCGUCCAUGGCAAUUUGAUCGUAAGGCAAUACAUGAUGGUGUAACCAAUGGUGCGGCAUUACUAAACAAGCCAGCCUAUCAUUGCAAUCCUGAGCAAGCAAAGGAGUUGCAAAGGCAAGUGGAGGAAUUGAUGGACAAAGGCUUUGUGCGUGAGAGUCUUAGUCCUUGUGCGGUUUCGGCAUUAUUACAAGAUAUGCUUGAUGAACUAUGUGGGUCAAAGGUGUUUAGAAAAAUUGACCUUCGUAGUGGGUAUCAUCAAAUCAGGAUCCGUGAAGGUGAUGAAUGGAAAACGGCCUUCAAGAUCAAACAAGGCCUAUACGAAUGGUUAGUCAUGCCAUUUGGCUUAUACAAUGCACCUAGUUCUUUCAUGAGAUUGAUGAAUGAGGUACUCCGUCCAUUUCUUAACAAAUUCAUUGUUGUAUACUUAGAUGAUAUUUUAGUAAAUAGCAAGAAUGAGAAUGCACAUGUAACUCAUCUUAGAUUAUUGUUUGAAGCAUUGCGUAAACAUAAAUUGUAUGGUAAAGUAAAGAAAUGUGAUUUUGUAUGUACUAGUAUUACUUUCCUAGGAUACAUUGUUUCUAGUGAAGGAAUACAAGUUGAUCCAAGCAAGGUGAAGGCCAUUGCUACAUGGGAAGUGCCACGCAAUCUCCAUGAAGUGCGUAGCUUUCAUGGAUUGGCUUCUUUCUAUAGAGUCUUCAUCAAAGGAUUCUUUACAAUCAUUUCCCCCUUGACAAAAUUAUUGAAGGAAAAGGUGUUCAAGUGGAAUGAUUCGGCCCAACGAGCAUUUGAAGAGAUCAAGGCUAAACUAUGUUCGGCUCCUAUUUUAGCUUUGCCUGAUUUCGAUAAACUUUUUGAAGUUGAAUGCGAUGCUAGUGGAGUAGGUAUUGGUGCCGUGUUGGUGCAAGACAAAAGGCCAAUUUCUUAG